CUUUAGUCCCAUAUUUUGAUAAGUACAGUACCGAAUGGUCAUAUCCCAAUUUUCUAUAUGAGAUGCGAGAUGUUAUCUUGAAGAUUGAGCCAUUUAGUGAAGAUUGGGGUGGGCUUGAUGGAACGUGGUAUAAACGAUAUACGAAACUAGCAAUGAGUGAUGAGAUAUAUCCGCAUCCAUCUAUGAAACCAUUUUUUGAAGAUCUCAUAUUUCAGCGUAAAAAGCAAACUGCGCAAUGUAAUUACAUAAAGACCAGUAUUGAUGUGUUAGAUAAAGCACGAACAUAUGGUGCCCAAGAAAUAAUUUUGGAGAUGUCAGAAGCUCUUGGAACAAAACGUUCUCCAAACAAUAAAGUGGCUGCAGAACCUUCGAAGAAGGGUGAAAUUACAAAAUAUUAUGAUUUGCCAGUGACUUCUGUAGAAUCUGAAACGAAUACUACUGAAUGGGAUUUAUCUUCAGCAUCAGCGCAAAUAGCAAAAGCUUCGAAACUAAGAAAAUACAUCAAUAGUGACAUAGCAGACAAAGUCUUAAAAACUUACAAGACAAGUGUUCUGCCAGGUGAAAAACUUACAUAUGAGGGAGUAAAUGUAUUAAAUUCUGCAUAUUCAGUCAUGAAGGGUAUGAAGAAAACCGAAAUGGCAAAGAGCCCACUUUGUAUCCAUGUCAUUAAUUUCCAUAAUCUUGAUUGUACAAGAUAUUUACCUCAUAACUACAACAAUUACAUCGCAAACCAACUUCAAGAUUGUGAUAAUGAAGCUGUCAAUUUUGAUAUGAAUGAUUUAGAGUCUUUAGGAAAGUGCUUGGAUGAACAUCAAAAUGACUUCUUAAUUCAGACUAUGUCAGAAUAUGAAUUUAAUUCCUAUAUUUGGACACCAUUAUUGAGGAAUGCGUUUCUUGAUAAGAAAGACCUUAAACUAAACUAUGGGGAACUGGCAUCAAGAUCGUACAAAAAACUAAAAGAACUUUUGGAUAUCGGUGGCCGUAGUGCACCAAAACUGGAUGGAAAAGGCUUUCUCAAGUCUUUGGGAACUGAAAUUCUAGCACAAGAGGAUGGCGUUCUAAACACUUGA